GUUGAUUCUGUAAUUGUGAGAGUUCUCACCCUCGUGAGGGCAAAGAUCGCCCACAUCAUCGCCACCCACCAGGGCCAUCCGGAUCCGGAUGCACCGGAUGUGUUAGAGGAAACCCGUUAUUGGAUUACCGUGGAGGAGAGCAGGGAGGACCAGCUAGAGGUUCGGCAUCAGGAGAAUCUGCGUGUGAAUAUGCGACCGACGGCCGACAGUGCAACGCGCAUCUUGAAUGAUCAGAAUCUCACACCGUCUAUGCUGGGACGAGCAACCAA